GUUUCGGAGCGUACAAAACUGGUUUCACUUUUUGACUCUUAGUCUUCCUCUGAACAAAAAAAGACCUUCGUGUGUUCUUCCUAGUGAGUCCGUUUUGAGUUUCUUUCUCUAAUGGCUGCCUCUAAGACUGAGCUUUUGGUUUUCUUCUCAUUCUUAGCGCUAAUGCUCACCAUAAUUACAGCAGAGCCACCACCACUUCGAAACGACGGCUCUUCUGCACUGGACGUUUCGGAUUCGUCUUCUCUUGCAGCCGAAAUUGAGCAACUCAAACUCAAGGUUUUAACUUUAGAAUUAAGCAUCAAGGAGAGAAAUCUUGAAUCAAGAAGAAAGGAGGAAAGUGUUAGACAGAUGGAGAAGAUAAGUAACGAAAAUUCAUACAGCAUUGCAGAAGAAUCUUUCCAGAAAGGAUCUUUAGAUGAUAAGGAGCCUUUGGGUAGCAAGUUGCAUUUGCAAGCUGUUGAACUUGAGAAGCAGGCUACGAGACUAAGGAAGGAAUUAGAAAUGCAAGAUGGGAAAAAAGAUGGAUUAGAAGCCCAGGGUGAAUUCACUGAGAAGAAAAUUCACGAACUGAAUUUGAAAUUAGAAGAUGUAAAAGAGAGGUGGCUUCCAUAUUGGCUAUCAGUUAAGUUGAGCCAAUUUCAGUUAUACAUUGUGACUUACUGGAAUGAGAGUGGGAGACCAGCAGUGCAAAUAGCAAUUGAAAAGGCACUACUAAAGAAAGCCCAAGUUAAAGACUGGGUCGAGCUCCAUAUUGAAAUGUUUGAAAAAGACGGGAUUCCAUUAUUGAAGAACCAAUGGUUUGCAUGCUGUACGUAUCUUGGAAAGGGUGUUCAACUACUAAUAGUGAAAGCUGUCGAUAUUUACUGUGCAUAUAAGAGUUUUAUGGAACCACUUGCUUUCAAGAUUCUAAAUUUUGCAUAUCCUUACAUUCAGGAAGCUAGGAAGCUUAGUGAGCCAUACAUACUUCAGAUAGCAACGGUGAUAACGCCUCAUUUAGAUCAAGUACAUGCUGCCUUCAAAUUGUAUUCUGAAAAGGUUUUCCAUGCAUAUGGAAGUUUCAUAACGUCUUCAACUUUAUACCAUCAUCAGGUCCAACAAAUGCUAAAAAAUAAUGGAUUGACGCGACCAGUUGCAACCAUCGACCUUGCUUGGUUUGCGGCCACUGCUUUACUAGCCCUGCCUGUAGUUUUCCUGUUUAAAUUGUAUUCAGCUAGUUUCAGUAAAACAUCAAAGAAGCGUAUUCGUAGCUACCGUCGGAAAUCACAUAAACUGUAGGCCCGAAUAGGGCUCAUUCCGAUGGUGAAGACAAGAGGAUGAGAUCUGAAUUUUAUUGAAGAGGGCGAUUCAAAACAAUGAAUGGCUGGCUGCCACAUGACAAGAAGGUUCCAUAUUGAGCACAGCGCGCCUGAAUUAGUAGCAUAACCAUUUUCAUGCAAAUAUAUAUAUAUAUAUAUAUGUAUAUAUAUAAAUAUAUAUGCUUUUCUCUGUUUUUUAUCUUGUAUAGUUAUGAAUAUCAAAUAUUAAACACUAGGCGGGUUUUUUUUUUUUUUCUAUAUAUAAUUAUUUAUGAUAUUGAGAAAAUAUCUGGUUUUAUGUGUACAGUUUUCAAAUUUUAGUAAAUGAUGCAUCUUCAGGAAUA